CACCGUUUCCUGUACGUCCACGGUUGUCUUGCAGGUGCUCGCGUCGUCCACGUGCGUUUCAUGGGCGAUGUCUUUCGGAGGCUGCCACUGCUGGUGCUGGUCGUCCUCCUGCUUGUCCUCGUAGUGCUCUUCCACGUCUGUGUCGUUGGCAUCGUUCCGCGACGUGGGCGCAGGCGACGGUGUGCAAAGAAGGACGUCAAUAUGGAUGGGCGGCAGGCGGUUUGCAGGUCUGUAGGGGGUGAGGGUGGUGGCCAACGGGCCGGGCAGAGCCCGUCUAGAGGUUCAAGGGCGGUGGAGCGGUCGGAGUACGCGCACCUGCCACCGCACUUGCAGCCUUUGCCGGACACAUCGGAUGAGGAGGAGGACGACAGACGUUCACGUGCCGUGCCGCUGGGAAGCGGGUCUACGCAGGAGUGGAAGGCCACAGAGCUUUGUGGAAGCCGCGAGCCCAGUUACGGGCAGUCGUACACCCAGCUCCUCCAGCAGGGCCUGAGCCGCGACGAAGGAAAUGGAGGUGUGAAUCUGAUGUUCGGUCUGUGCAGUGGGAGGUCGUCGUCUUCGACGCGGACAGUGCAAGUCGACAACCGUCCCGAUGACGAUGGCGGCCAGGUGACGGUUGUUGCACGACCGUCGAAGUCUCCAGCGUCGUCGGUCUGCGUGGCAUCGGGGAACAACAGGGAUCCUCGUACGCAGCAAUACAGGGCGCCGUCUGCUUCAAGGGGUGCCUCAGCUCGCCCGUCGUGGAUGUUGUCCCCGUCUCCCCUGUCCGACAAUUCGAGUGCGGCUCGCAAUCGGGGGGAAUGCGGGGAGCAUGAUUGCGGGAUCGAGGAAAGAGGUGACGGACGCGACGGGAGGGAGGUGUGGGAAGAACAGCGACGGAUGCUCCAUCCGCGACGGCAAGAAUCCAUAACACGGGGCGUGCAGCGACUACGAGUGGUGGACGACGAAAACGACGGCGACACACCUGAUGUCGGCGGCAACGACCAGGACUUGAACGACGACGACUGCGGGGUUGGGGAGGACGACGCAGGUCAAGUGUUGCCAUCCAAGCAAAGCACCAUGGGGGGGAAGGGCAGGAGGGCGAAGGUGUCUGUUUGCAACGGUCGGCGGGGGAAGAAGGCGAUGGGGAAGGGGAGCGGUGUCAAAGCUGGCGGCGAUGCAGAAGGCGGUCGGAAUGGGCACCGCGUACGCUCGUAUGAAGUCGCGAGAAUGGAAGUGGUUGGAUGUGAAGCAAAGGCUGAAGAAGGUGGGCGUGGAGAGGGAGGCAGAACGGUGCGGGGAGAAGUGGGACAAUUUGAUGCAGCAGUUCAAGAAGGUGCACCAGUUUCAGGGAAACAGGACUUCUUCCAGUUCACAGGGAAGGAGCGGUUGUCGAAGGGCUUCAGUUUCAACAUGGAUCGUGCGGUUUACGACGAGAUCCUGGGGUCGACUGCCAAGAGCCACACCAUUAACCCCAAGAACGUCGCAGACACUGGUGCUCCGGGGGGUGUGCGUCUGCCGUCGGUGAAUUCUGGUGAUCCGGAGUCUGUCGGGGAUCGGGACGCUGCUGUAAUCGCAUCCAUGCAUCGCUCGUUCGACGCACGUCGCCACAUGGUGCAGGCCGCAACUGCCAUCACGGACAAGCUGGUGAAACCCCCGAUCACCUUGCUGGCCCCUCCACUGUACAUCCCGGACUGGGCGUCAAUCGGCGUGAAAUUCUCGCACGACGCCACUUUGUCUUCCCCAAUGGAGGCUCAAAAGCUCGAUUGGUUGGACACAGGGCCACCGGAAGACGGCAAUGACGCCGCUGUGAACGACGAUAUGAGCGCGGGGGGUUCAUGAUGCCUUUGGGAGCGCAGGGAGAAGUUUGAUGAGGUGGGUGCAUGUGUGCACUUUCGUGUACAAUUAGAACAGGCUGUGCGCCAGGGUUUGCUGCUAGUGCGGACGACGUCGGUGGUCGUUGGGGGUGGACGUUUCUAUAUCCGUUGUCACAACAGCAAGCGCGUGAGAACACGAAAAGAGGACGACAAUAAGAAACGAAGAAUGAAGAACGUCGAAGGAAAAAAAAAAAAAAAAAAAACACACACACAAAACAACAAAACAACACGUCCGUGGAGACAGAGCGUGGAAAACGAAACGGGUCAUUAAUCAAUUUCAGUGAAAAGA